AAACGAUAAGUAACAAAUUGUGGUCCACGCGUAAUAUAGCAAAUUUCAACAAUUAUAAUUCUAUGUUUAACAUGUAAGUUAUUAUUAAUAUUGUGCAAUUAUGCAUUAAAACAUAAAAAAAAAAAAAAAAUGUAAAAUAAUAUUAAAUUAUCAACUAAUUUACAAAUGUAACAUCAAAAAAUAUCACUUAUGAAUCAUAAAUUGCGCGGUAAGUGAUAACCAAACGAUAAUAAAGAGCCUCUGUUUACCUCCUCUUAUUCAUUAUUGCCACUCGCCUCACUCAUAAUUGUUAAAGGAGUGGUCUAUCUAUUUCUUUAUUAUUUAUGACUAUACCGAGCCUCUACCAUUACAUUUUACAUAAAAAAAAAAAUACGUAGUCGAAAUGUUUGUCAUUUUGAGCAUUGUAAUAUUACAAUAACUGCAUUAUAUAAAUCAUAAAGUAAUAAGAAUUUUAUUACUCUAUAGUUUACAUUCAAAACGGCAGGAUUUUCUUAUCGUUUUUGGCGUGAUUUUUCGAUUAUACCACGGCUUUAGACAAUGAUUAUUCCGAUAUCGCAUUAGUGGAAUUUUGUAAUUUAGUAUUAAUAUCUUAUAUCAAUUAGGCGUUGAACUAAUACCAUGUGCUAAUACUAGAAAGCCUAUACCAUUAAACUAUAUAUAUGAGUUAUAUAUACAGAGUGAAUCACUGUUUGUGCUGACCCCAUUUGUUUAGUUAAAUUGUGCAUAUAUUAAAAUUAUGAUUUUUGGAAUUUUUAAGAUGAUAUUUUCGAAUACUUAGAUUUUUCACAACAUUUAAAGAGUAUUCUGUAGCAAUACCAACUUUGAUUUUUCAAAUGAGAACCUAUAUUAAAAAUUCCAUAAAUACACAAAGUAUUAAUUUAAAUAAAUAUUUGAUUUCCGUCGACCCGUUAACGAGAUAUUCCAGAUAUUCCACUUUUAAGUUUAAGUAGAAGGAAAAUAGUGGAGCACUAAUAAAGCGCUGUGCUUCGUGCCGCCAUAUAAAUGAUACUUCACUAAUAGGAAUUUAGCUUUAACUAUACUUGACAAUUCCAAAAAUCAAAAUUUGAAUAUAAUAUGUAAAAUUUAACCAAAAAAUUGAGGCGUGCACAAUUAGUGAAUCAUCCUUAUAUAGUUAUGAGUUAUCAUAUAGAGUUCAAUGGCCUAUAUAGCAACGAAGCAAUCGCAGCCGGGCAGCUCGGAUCGUGUUAUCACAAAAUACCUAUUUGCAAUUUUUUUUUACAAAAUAUUCCUUGAUUUGUUGUUCAAAACCACGUCGGGUAGGUAACAGGAGAAAAACAAAAACUUUUUAACGAUUUCAUUUAACAAUCGGCAACACUGUCUAUUGAUAAUACUCAUUUGAUACCGAAGCCGACCAUUUUGACGUUUGUGUUGGGUAUUUAGAUUCUUUUCAUUUUGUGUCGUCUAGCUUGGUCGAUUCUCGCCACCCGUUUUUAUUUAAAUAAUUGUAUUAAUACAAUUUUUACUUCUCUAAGUUGUUAUUUGGUAGUUACCUAACUUUAUAAUUAUAUUUUACAUUUUGUUUGUUGUUAUUACAUAAAAUUACCUUUUACUCAUAAAAAUGUUUUCAAAAGUAUUAAAAAACAUCAUCAACCAAGGAUCUAGACAGUAUUCAUCAAAGGUUAGUAGUGCAAUUAUAUAUUAUGACCAUUAUUAAAAUAUUUUUCUAACUUGAAGGGAAUAUUUUUUAUUCAAUUAUAAUAUAAUAGAUUUAAUAAUUGUAAAAUUAAGGUACAUCUGUAAGAGUUGUAAUUAUUAAUUUAUUAUUUAGUAAAGUAUUAUUAAAUUAUGUUACACUAUAUUAUACAUGAUAAUCAUAUUAGUAAAAACUGAGAACUGCUUAAAGUAUCUUUGGAUAACCAACUAAAAUUUUUUUUUUUUACAUUUGGACCAACACCCAAAACUAAAUCGUAAAUAUAUUUUAAAUCUAGAUUGUAUUUUCUUGUAGUAUAACUAAAAACUACAAAGUCACUAUUUAAUCAACUUAGACUUAAUUUGCCUAGUUAGAUUAUACAGAGUUCCACUAAAUCUUCAAUGAUCAAAAUCACUAACCUUAGUUCUAACCUAGUUCGAUAAAAAUAUCCUGAUUUAAAGAGUUGAUUUCUUAAUCAAUUGAUUUUGAUCUAUUAUAUUAAAGUACAUUUUAACUGAAACUUUUGCACUAAUUUAAUGAUUUAAAACCUAUCCUCAGUUUUUUUGGGUAUGUCCUUAAGACAAAUGACACAAAUAAUCUUAUUAUUCACAUUGAAAUGAAAAAAAAACAUUAAUAAUCCUUGCAGUUAGUAUUUUCCUAUUAUUAUGAAACUAUUAUUAAUUAUAUGUGAUGUGAUUGAUUAGCCAUUAUGAUUACAUCCUAAUAAUAGCUACCUAUUGUAAUUUUUUUAUAUAUUAUAGGUAAAUGAAAAGGAAAAAAUUGGUUUCUUUUAUAAUUUGUUAUUAGCUAUAUUGAGUAUUAUAUACAUAAUUAUAUUGUUCAUUAACUUGUUUGUAAAAUAAAUGGUUACAAUUAGGUACCUUUUUAAAUAAUAUAAAUGUUUUUAAUGUUUAUAGAAAGGUUUAAAAGUAACAGUAUGCGGAGGUUCAGGCGGUAUUGGUCAACCAUUAUCGUUGUUGUUAAAACAAAGUCCAAUCAUUACUGAUUUAGCUAUUUAUGAUAUCGCUCCAGUAACUCCUGGUGUAGUUGCUGAUUUGAGCCACAUGGACACAAAUUCAAAUGUUUCCAGUCAUGUUGGCUUAGAUAGUUUAAAAGUAAGUAUUCCAAUUGAAGUACAUAUAUAAUACAUAUUCCUAGUAUAUAUAUAUUAUUAUUUCUUAUAAUAUACUUAUGAAAAUUAAAUAUUUUAAUAAUUAAUACAGUUGACAUCAUUGUAUAAUGAAUAUUAUUCAAAUUAUUUAAAAUCUACGAUUAAUUAUCGUCUUGCUCACUGUAAUGAUAAACCACAAUACUGAUAUUAGAAAAAGUCAAAUUUUUGGUUGGCAGUAAAAUACUUUUAUAAUAGUGUAUGCGUAUUUAUACCAAUUAUUUAUUUAUAUAGCCAUGUAUAUAACUGUAUAAUUAAUUAAUAAGUAUAUUCAACAAAAUAAAAAAAAAAAAUUAUGUUUAUGAUGUUAAUAGAUAUGAUGAAAAUCACGCUUACCUGGCCUGAGUAGAAUUUAUUUAAUUUUGGUAUUUUUAGUAUCUAUUAUACAAUUAAAAGAGAAUAAUGUCCAGAAGACAAGACAAUUUGUUUAAAUUAGUUUUUGGAAAGUUGGUAAUUUAAAAAUAUGUAAUUGUUAUUUCCAAACAAUUCAUUGAGGGUUACCUAUAUAUUUAGAAUAACAAAAAAAUUCAUUAUCUUGCCCUCUGAAUUAUUAUUCUCUUUUAACUUCACAACAGGUCAUUUUACUCUAAAUUAUAAUUAAGUUAUUAUGUUCUCCGCUAGUUGUACUGAGAGCGCAUGUGGGAAUAUCAUCCUCUUAAUGAUACUACUUAUUACUAAAAUUACUCAGUUACUACUUUUUUACUACAUUGUACCAUAGACCUUCCACUCAUAAUCGUGACACCCAGGCAGGACACAGAUUAGGAGGUAGGGUAAGAAAAAGGAAACUGUAUUGUCAAUUUAUCUACGACCUAAUUAUUUUACUGUAAUAACUUAAAUUUUUAUUUUUGUUCAAAUGUAUUUAUUUAUUUGCCUAAUUUUAAAUAUAUAUUUAUUUUUUAAAUAGACCUUUUUUUCUUUAUUACUAAUUAAAAAAUAUAUAAUAUGUUUAGGUACUUUUAUAAAAUAAUACCUACUCUUUCAUAAUAAACUAAUAUUGGGUAACAUAAUUUUUAAUCUUUUAAAAUGUAUAAUCAGUAAGAAAAACUUAACGUUUUUAUUUUUAUUUGUGUAAGAAAUAAGAUUAUAUUUAAAUGUCUCAUAUAACACUAAAAACCUAUGUACUUAAUUAUUAAAAUUAUGUUUUACUGAGGGAUUGUGUAAUAUAUAAAUAACACAAUGACCCCUAGUUUUCCUCUUACAUUAUUGCCAAUACAUUUGUAUUUCUUGGCAGUGUUAAAUUUAUGAUAUUCUAAAAAUAAAUAAUCCUUUCUUUCAAGGUAAAAUUAAUUGCCAAUUUUUUUUUUUACCUCCUAAUUUGUGUUACUAAGUUUGUUAUCAAUUUUAAAUAAAUAAAUUUAUUUCUUUAACUAUGUAUAUUAAUGAAUUUUGUCUGAUUUAUUUGUAAUAAAAGUGGGUAAGGUUAGGUUUCACCUAAGGUCUUGUUAAAAGUUAUAGUUAUGAUGUUGAAUGUAUACUGUGUUAACAACUUGAAUAUAUAAUUGUUAAAUUAUUGUUAAUUUUAAAUGUUAUAAUUCAAUUUAUAAUUGUAUGCCAUUUUAAAUGAAUUAUGCAAUAUUUAAGUGGACUACUAUGUUUUUGUUAUCUUUAUUUAGGUGCACUUUAUUUAAUUUGUACAUUUAUUUAUUUUGAAGGAUGCUGUUGCUGAUACAGAUGUAGUUAUUAUUCCAGCAGGGAUUCCCCGUAAACCUGGUAUGACUCGAGAUGAUUUAUUCAACACCAAUAUUUCGAUUGUAUGUGAUAUUAUUAAAGUAAUUGGACAAGUUAGUCCUAAUGCACUUGUUGGUAUUAUAUCAAAUCCAGUAAGUACUUUUUAAAAGUUUACUAAUUAUAUAUUAUAUAGAAUUUGAUAAAUAAUAAAAUUGAUACAUAAUAAAUAAUUGAUAAAUAACUCAAAUCAUAUUUAAUUUAUCUUAUUUUACUUGUUUUAAACGUGCCAGGUGCUGGCUCCCAAUAAUCGUCCAUUUUUAAUUUUGCAUUGCUUUUGUUUUUAAUUUGUAUUAUGUUCCACAACCUAUAUCUUUAACUACUUUACUCAUAUAUUCAAGAGCUAGCCUCCCUCAGCUAUUUUUUCCUUCUACCAUUGUUCUUGUAGACUUUUUGCUGUAGUGUAUGACCAAUUAGCUUAGUUCUUCUAUUUAAAUCUUCAGGAUUUUUAGAUUACUUACAAAAUAUAAUUUAUUUGUGAUUUGAAACCGGUCAAAACAUUUGUUUAAUAUAACUUCAAUAAUGCAUUAAUCAUCAUGUAACAAAAAAUUAGCUUAUAGUCAUAAAAUUAAUUUCCUAAUGUAUCUGUCUAUCUAUUGAAAAGUAAACAUAUUAUUAUACUUACAUUUUUUUUGUGUAAUAAACAAUAUAUUUUGGAUAAAAACUAUAAUCAUCAUAUUUAACAAAAACUUGCAUCACAUUACCUGAGGUAGUAUCGUACUUUUCAUUUGAAGGUACUAAUAAGUUAUAGGCGGUCCCUCUAAGUGUUUCAACUGCUGCUAUAAGGACAGUGCUAAUUAUAAAAACUGUAAUUAUACAAAUACAAAUUACAAAUUUAUAAAAAGUUAACAAUUUUAGUUAUUUGUUCACCUUCUUUAUGACUUGAAUAUUUAUUUGCAUAUGUGGGGAAUUUUGUAAAACAUGAACCUCUUCCAAAUCUUGUUCGAUUAGUUUUACGCCAAUCAAAAUUGUUUUUUGCGAUGCUCAUAGCGUUUUCUAAUGAUGUUGCAUGAUAUAACAUAAUUUCCUUCAUAUUUUUAUUUUUGAUGUACAAUUCUUCUUUGUGUAGUAAAUACAUACCAUAUAUAUGAGGAUUGUUCACUUUUUUUACUUUUGAAAUCUAUAAAAUAAAAAUUUAUUUUCAUAUUAUUAAAUAAAAUAUUCAUUUUUUAUUAUCGGAUAAUGAGAUUUAGUUUGAAAUUUUUACAUUUGGGUUGCCAAUUUUCAAAAUAAUUUUUGUGUUCAUUGUAAAAUAAAUGGUUUCCUAAUAUUGGUUUUAAUGAAAAAAAAAAAAAAAAUGUAGAAUAUAAAUUUUAUAUUUAAAUUUAACUCAUUUCUUAUUUUCCCAGAUAUCAACUUAUUUAAGUGGAAAAUAAUUACAUCAGUGGUUUUAAAUCUAGGGGUUAGGAUAGUUGAGGUAUUGCCAUAAACCAUAAGUAUCUUUUAAAUUACUGUAUAUCAAAUUAUUUAAGUUAUAUUAAACAAUUUUUGAAGGGGUCAUAAACAUGAAAAAAAUAUUAGAGGUCAUGAUAUGUCAUUCAUAAUAUGAUUACGUGAUAUCAAGUACACAUAAAUAAAUAAAACAACAUUGAUUAAUUAUUUGAGUUAUUAAUUUAAUUUAGUUUGUAGUAUAUUUACUUAUAUUUCUUCCAAUGUAGUUAUAAUAUGUAUUCUAUUUGUGUAGUCUAUUUUAGACUGUAUGGUUGAGAUAGAAAAAAAUUUCCUAAGAACUUAUAAAAUGAAUUCCAUGGGUGAAAAAAAAUACAAAUUUAACAAGUAUAUUUUAAUUUAAGUUAUAUAAACUGUUCGCUAUUUUAAGAAACUAUCAAAUAUUACUGUGGGUAUCACAGUAACAUUUAUAGUUUGUCUAUAUAAUGAAUAAUAUAUAUAUCACUUUAGCAAAAAUUUGUUUUCUUACUUUUAAUAGUACCCUGAAGUGGUAUCAAAGAGAGAGUUCAUGGGGUCCUUCAACCUACAGUUAACUUUUACAGGAAAAAACGGGAAGAACUCAGCUAAGUGCUAUAAAAAAUAACAGAACAUCUGUAUCUGAUUACUUAUAUCAUGGCCUAUCCAUUAUUUAUUAUUAUUUAUAGUUCUACAGUGUAGUAUGGUAUAGUAGUAUAAUAUAGUACAUUUGCAGAACUGAUCAAAUGUUAUAUUAACAACCUUAUAAAAACAAUCUAUUAGUACCUAAAAUUUUGAGGGCACAAGAAAAAUUAAAAUAUUUAUAUUUUUAAUAAUAAAUAAUAAAAUCAAAAUUUCACACAUUUUUAUUAUAAUAUUUUUUAUGACUUAAUGGAAUGCUCAAAAAUAAAAUGUUAUUUUUGACAUGUAGCGUCAAAAUAAUUUGCCACCCAUGGUAUAUAAUAUAUAUCUAUACCAGCCAUACUGGAAGACCUUUAAUCAUUUUCUUUAGCUCCUACUUCUCUUCAAAACAAAAAAAAAAAAUUGAGUAAGCCCUUUGUUCUAAUUAUUGACCUUUAGAAGUGGCCUCACUAAAUAGCUAACCCAUAGUUUCCAAACUUUAGAUUCACCAUUGUAUUCAAAACCUAAUAGAACUACAAAAAAAAAAUUAUUUGACCCAAUUAAAGUUGACAACAUUUACUAUCCUUCAAAAGAGAAUUUUAGAGAGAGAUUGGUUUUACAAUAAUGUUUAUUUUUAUUUAUUUUAUUUCUGUGAACAGCUUUUCUACCAGAAAUUUUGUUCCGAUUUUCAAAUGUAGCAUCUUUUCUGAAAGAAAUUUUACUGGAGUAAUCCUAAGAGGUCAUUUUUUUGUUUUGCUAAGGUCUUUCAUAAUAUAUGAAAAAAAAAGGGGGAAAUGAACAAAAUUUAUGAUUUUCAAAAUAUGUAUAAACAACCAAACUCUUCGUUUUUUGUUAACAAUGCCUAAUCGUUUCGUAUACAUGUACAUUAAAUCUCCUCCCUACCUUCCCAACUUCUCACCUACAGUGGCCUGUAUCUUGUAAUAUUCAAGAUAAUCUAUUCGUACUUCGAUUUAAAUAAAAAAAUAAAUAUUAUUUUAUCAAAAAUUGUUUAAUGAAUAUAUAUAUAUAUUAAAAAAAUACAUAAUAAAUAUUUUCAUCUUUUAUUUGAUGAAAUAAUUUUUAUUUUAUGUCUAUUAGAUCCUAAGUACUAUAAUUUGAAUUACAAAAACACAUUUUUGCUAAAUUGCUCGUUAGAUAUAUGGAGACAGCAAAUAUUACUGUGACCACUUUAUAUAAACUUACCUUAACUUUUUAUACUUACAUUAUAUCUGCAAGCUAUUAUGUCUCUAAACAGUGGAUCAUCGUUUUGAUAACUAUACUCUUCUAGUAAUUCUUUUUGGUACAUUUCUGCCAAAGGUGUUGCUUUUGAAAAAUCACUAAAUACAAUUUAUUUUACAUUAUUACUAUAAUCAAAAAUGAUGUUUUUCAAAUUGUGCACUUGUGACUUAGUAUAUUUCAUAAAUAUUGUAUGAAGAAAAAAAAAACGAAUUGCAAUUUUGAAUUACAAUAGAUUAGAAAUCAAUAUGUAGGUAUUCAGAUGAUCAUUUCAAAGUAUCUUGCCCAUUCCUUUAUAUAUUUAAAAAAAAAAAAUGAUAUUUUAAAAUAAAUUAAUUGAUGAUUGCAGAAAUGUCACGAGUCGAUUAAUUAAAAUUUUUGAAUAAUUUAUAAAAACUAUGAUAUAAAUGAUUUUGAAAAAAAAAAGUUAAGUUGUUUUUACACUCAGUGUUUAGAAGCACAUGACUAUUAUGUGUUUUUACUAAUAUCUCAAUUUCAUACAAUUUGACAUUUUUGCAAACAUCAAUUCAAAUUACUUUUUCAUACAAUGGAUACUUACCAUUUUAAAGACAUAACUACUUUGUAAAAUUUUAAAAGAAUCGCAGCUAAGAUAUUUUCUACAAUUUUUAACCAGAAACAUAAUACUAAAUACUUCUUAUAUAGUUAAACCAUAAACUUAUAUUAAUUACAAUAUUUGAAUAAAAACAAUUAUUUGUUUUACUAUUUUGUUUAUUUAUUAGAUAAUAUUUUGUAUUGCUAUUUAUUGUAAAUGUUUAAAGCAAAUGACAAAAUAAGGUCAUAGUAUUAUUAUUUAUUAAUCAAUAAAAUAUUAAUAAUUAUUAUAAACAACAUUUUUAAUAACAAUAAUUAUAAAUAUUUUAUAUGGUAUUGUACAAAAAUAUUUAAAUUUAUUUUUACAAAUGCUUUUAUAAUUGCCUUCAAAAUCAAUAUAAAGUAAUUGAUUCAUUUAUAAUCAAAUGUCACUAAAUUGUGGACUUAAUAAUAUUGAAUAAGCAUUUUUCACAAAGUGGCCUAAUGGGGCCUUGUCACAAUCAAUAACAACACUGUAUUAGCGCAAUUAGUUCCUCUUAUUAUUUGCUAAUAUGACAAAAAUAUUUUUUUAUUAUUUCAACAAUCUGGUACCAAAGUUUAACCUAACUAUUCAAAUAACUAUUUCACCAAACAUAAUCACGAUCAGUAAAUAAUAUAGUUUGACAAUUCUAUACAUUUUCCAGCUAACCAAGGAAACUAUUUGUGUGACUUUCGUUGGCAAAAAUAUGUUUUAUAUAAAUUAUUUUAUUUUUACAUACUUCAUAAUUUUAGGUUAACAGUGCUGUUCCAGCUGCUGCAGAAAUAUUGAAGAAGCUCAAUGUUUAUGAUCCAAAAAAAUUAUUUGGUGUAACCACUUUAGACAUUGUAAGAUCUAACAGAUUUAUUGCUGAACUCAAAGUAAAUAUACAUAAUGCAUAUUGGAUAUAUACAUUAUAUAUUCAUUUUUUAUUGAUAAGAUAAAAUUUAAAUUUAUAAAUUGUAUAAAUUUUUUUUUUUAGGGUCUCUGUGCUACUGAUGUCAAUGUCCCUGUGAUUGGUGGGCAUUCUGGGCCAACGAUUAUUCCUUUAAUAUCUCAAUGCACCCCUCAAGUAACUUUCGACCAUGAUGUUCUUGUUAAGCUUACAAAACGUAUUCAAGUAAUAAAUGCUUAUUAAAUAGUUUUAAUCGAUUUUUAAUUAUGUUCAUAUAUUAAUUUUAGGAAGCUGGUACUGAAGUUGUGCAAGCUAAAGCUGGAGCAGGCUCAGCAACCCUAUCAAUGGCAUAUGCUGGAGCUAAAUUUACUGUAUCUAUGUGUAAAGCCAUUCUUGGUGAACCUAAUGUAGUUGAAUGCUCCUUUGUAGAAUCUUCAGUCACUGAUUCGCCAUUCUUUAGUACUCCAGUUCUUAUUGGGGUAAAUAUUUUUUUAUUAACUACUAUACUUCAAUUAACUUUUAUGCAGGCACAUACCUUUUUUUUAAGUUCAUAGUAUCGUGGGGGUCUAUCAGACUCCAUUUCUAAAAAAGUGUAAAAUAUGUAUAGAAAGUUAAUUUUCUUUAAAUUCAAAGACAUAAUGAGUUAUCAUAUUAGACAUUGUUGGGAAGGUAGGAUAUAGACAGGAAUUUAAUCUGUAAGCAACGAUUAACCAUUGCUAUAAAUUAAUAUUAAACAUUAGACAUUUUCUUUAAUAAUAUUCGUUUAAUAUUGUAUCUAUUUUCCUUUUUCCUUUGUUUUUCCUGUUUUUCUAACUUAUUAGAAAAACUCCUGGAAAAAUCAAAUGACCUCCUUAAAGCAUCUCCCUAGUCCAAUUUCCUUCCAGAAAAAAUGCUGUUAUAGUUAAUCGGAUCAAAAUUGCUGGUAAAAAUAGUUGUGUAAAAAAAUUAAAAAUAAUUGUUGUAAAACCAAUAUUCCUUGCUCAAUUUAGAAUUAAAAAUAAAUACAAAAUUGUAUUAUAUUAUUAUUCAAUUUUUUAUAACAUAUAUGUUUUAUUUUUGAUGGGAGUCAAUUAGCUUAAAGGUUAAAAGGAUUUUUAAUGGCAAUUUAUGCAUUGAAAGCUUUGAAUAGUAGAUAUCAGGUUACAGACACAUUAAAAAUAACAUGCUUAAGGAACUGUUUUUUCCUUUAUUUCAUUAUAUUUGUGAUUUAUGAGGCUUCAAUCUAGUUCUAAUAGUAAAGUAUCUAUCUAAAAUGUCACAUCAGAUGACUAGGAUUUUUUUUUCCAUUAAUUAAGAUCAUACAAUAAUGGCUUUGACUACUGAUUAAAUAUUAUAAUAGAUUAUAAACUAUAAUAAUUUUCAUAUUUGCAAAAACAUCAUAAAAUUGUAGAAAAUAAAAUACCAUACUUAAAUAAAAAUAUUGAAUAGAUAAAAAUUUAUUCAUAGUAACAUACAUAAGUGUCAGAUCAUCGCGGGAUACCUAUACAUAGUAAUUAUAUGUAUAUGUUUUUUGUUUAGAAAAAUGGUAUUGAGAAGAACUUUGGUAUGGGAAAUCUGUCAGAUUUUGAAAAAGAUUUAUUAAAAGCAGCAUUACCAGAAUUGGCUUCUAACAUUAAAAAAGGAGUGGACUUUGCCAAAAACUACAAAUAAGUGUUAUUAUAAUGAAUAGAUUAUGUAAAUGUCAACUGUCUGAUCCAUUAUAUUGUUUACACUAUAUACUACUACUUAAAAUAAUGACAUUAAUAGUAUAUACAUUUGUCUCGCUUAAUUUUACUUUUACAUGACAAGAAUAUAUCUACAGUAGUGUUAUAAAUAAGUAAAAUUGAUAAGCUAUAUAAUUUGGUAUACUCUAAACAUGUAAUAGUUUGUUAUCCACACACCUAAUAUUAAAGAGCAGCAUAUUAUGGGUAUUCCAAAGUACUGUAAUCUUAUAAUUUUUAAGUAGUAUACACAAUUAUUAAAUAAAUAAACCUGUUGCCUUAUGUUUUAGUAUUUUUUUUUAAUAUUUUGAAUUGAUUUAAAAAACUAAAUUCUGCAUUAAAUAUAAUUAGUUGUUAUUAAAAU